UUUAAAUAAUCACAUUCAUGACAGACACACACCAAAGCACUCAAAUACAGCAGUUAGUCAAUCCUGAUAUUCACUGUAAGAAAUCCUUUGCUUAAUAAUCGAAUAUACAUAUACAUAUAAAUGUGCACAGGUAUAACUGCCGACCUCUAUUCAAAUGAUACUCAAAAACAGCGCCAAGUUCUACGACAACACUUUUCACCCAAUGCCUCCUUUGUCUCACCACUACUUCGAACUAGUGGUAUAAAAAAUAUAGGACAUGUUUUUCUAGUUUGGAAAACGCUCAAUAGAGACCCUCCUACAAUCGAAAAAUCAUGUUCCAACCAACACCACUGUGUCAUCUUCAUGACCCAACAUCUCCGUCCACGUUUAUUCCCAUUACUACAUCUCGCACUUCCUGUAAUCGUCACCCUCAAAUUUCGAGAGUCUGAAUCAGGAAAACUAAAGGUCGAACACCUUGAAGAGCACUGGACUGUUGAAGGUAUGUGUAUAUGUGUGUUUAUACGUACGUGCAUAGAAUAUAUCAUUUGUCUACUAGAAUACAAAUAAAUAAUGAUUAUAUAUAUACAUAUAUAUAUAUAUUUAUAAUGUAAGGUUUAUUGCAAACUGUACCCCUCAUUGCAUUCUGGCAUGAUCGAGUAUUGCGUACUGCAAUGGGUAAAAUUUUGACAGUUACGGGACAUGCCAUGCACACUGUUAUUGUGACAUCUCAAAAAAUGUCACAGCGUAGUAUUGAACUUGAAGGUGACAGAAGGGUACUGGUCGAUCAAAAUAUGGUCAACCAACAAUCUGCAAUCAUAAUGUCUGAAUGCAACGAAUG